AUGACCUCACUAUCGAUCAAGUUUUUGGGGAUUGUAAACAAGUUCCUCGGUCUACGAAUUGAGCUCGACAACUCGAACGGCUAUGUUUUGCAUCAAGAACCGACUCUCGAAUUGCUGUUGAGGGACUUCGGGAUGGAGUCGUGCAAUGGGGUUCUCACCCCUAUCGGAGACGAGUGCAACAUGGACGACGAAGAGGACGCUGAGUACCUGCCAGCAAGAGGAGCGAAGGGUGACCGCAUGCAAAAGGCAACAAGACAGACUCACAGGCCGACAAUCAAGGAUUGGAAGACCGCGAAGCGCAUCACGCGAUACCUGAAGAUGUCUAAGAAUUUGAAGCUGCACCUGGAUAGUGCUGGAAAUGUGUCAGAGGAUGUGCGGGUUGAAUGCUGGAGCGAUGCCGAUUUCGCUGCGAGCAAGGCCGACCGUAAGUCAAUAUCAGGGUGUGUACUAACUGUGGAUGGUGUAAUGGUUCUGUGGCUGUGCAAGAAGCAAUCGGGUGUAUCGCUGAGCACGAUGGAGGCUGAGUUUAUCUAA